AUGCCUUCCUCAGCCCCCGUUCGGCCUAAACAUCAAAAAGAAGAACCCAUCAGUUAUGAUAUCAACAUCCCUUACGUCGAUGUAGACAAACAAUCUAAGAUCUCAACCAAAUACCCCCAAUACCUGCCUUCCUGGGACCCCAUCUGGUUCGAUCCCCUUCAACCGUUCAAAUAUGAAGAUCCAGCCUUGCGCGUCCGCAACAAAUCAAAACCCAAUCUCUUGCCUCCAUCCGCCAAGGUGUCCCAUAUCCAGCCAAGUCUAGGAACGAUCGUGGAAAAUGUCCAACUCUCCUCUCUAUCCGCCGCCGGAAGAGAUGAACUCGCCCUUCUCAUCACAGAGCGCAAAGUGGUCGCUUUUCCAGAUCAGGACCUUAUCGAUGCCGGCCCUGAUGCCCAGGAAUCCUUCAUGCGCCACUUUGGUAAACCAAACUACCAGCCCGUCUCCGGUUCGAUGACAGAUCACCCGGCGUUCCAUAUCAUUCAUCGCGACGGAAACCGAGAUGAAAUCACUCGUUUUUUGCAGCAACGCACGACCACGACCCUCUGGCAUCAGGAUGUUAGCUAUGAAAUCCAGCCCCCUGGUUAUGUCAUGCUCGGACUCUUGCAGGGUCCGGAAGUCGGUGGGGAUACCGUCUUCGCGGCUACAGAUCUCGCCUAUAAACGUCUUUCACCUGCGGUCACGACUUUCUUGGAUGGAUUGAAGGUGACGCAUUCUUCGGCGAAGAUGAUUGGUCAUGCUCGCUUGACGGGUGGCUUGGUCAGGAAAGAUCCCGUUGAUACGGUUCAUCCGCUUAUCCGCGUCCAUCCCGUUACCGGUGAGAAGUGUAUGUUCUUAAAUGGGGAAUUUAUCACCAGAAUUCAUGGUCUGAAGGAUUCCGAGACCAAAUGGGUGUUGGAUUUCCUGAUGAAUCAUCUGGUGACCGGUCACGAUUUCCAGGUUCGGGUACGUUGGCAACCGAGGACAAUUGUGAUGUUUGAUAAUCGGUCAACUAUUCACUCGGCUAUUGUGGAUUACUUGGAUGAUGAUUACGGUGCCAAGGCUCGUCAUAUCUUCCGGUUGAUUGCACUGGGGGAAAAGCCCAUUCCAGUGUAUGAUGAAGUUGAUGAGUUCGAAUAA